UCUCCCCUGGCUUGCUUGCUUGCUUGCCAGCCAGCCCCCCAACGCGGCUGCGGCCUCCAUUUCUUGGCUUCCGCGCGGAGCUUUCCACGGAGGAAGCAGGCAGGCCAACAAGCAUACACACCAUAGGACACACCAAAUAAAUUGGUCCGGCAGGCAGCCUGCGGCCUGGAGCUUAAUUUGUUUCGUUCUUUCCCUCCUCCACCAAUCCUUCUUCUUGCUAUAGGAGUGGUAGGAUAGAGCGAGAGCUCUGCCGCCCUCCAAUUAAUCUUAGCAAGCUCUUCUUCGAUUCGUCCAUUCCUGCGGCGCGCAAUCGGAUACGUGCAAUGGCCGGCGAGCAAGGGGACGACCCCAACCCCGACAGGCGGCGGCGGAGGAGGAGCCGCCGGAGGGCCGCGCUGCGCCUCAGCAGGCUCUACAGCUUCGCGUGCGGCCGGAGGCCCAGCGUCGCCGACGACGACGCCGGGUCCAGGAUCGGGGGCCCGGGGUUCUCGCGGGUGGUCAACGCCGGCGACGCCGCCCUCCGCCUGCAGCAGCAGCAGGGGCAGCAGCCCUCCGCGGAGCAGCUCCUCGCCGCGAGCUCCAGCAACUCCAUCUCCACCACCAAGUACAACCUGCUCACCUUCCUGCCCAAGUCCCUCUUCGAGCAGUUCCGCCGCGUCGCCAAUGUCUACUUCCUCCUCUCCGCCGGCAUCGCCUACAGCCCCCUCGCCGCCUACAGCUCCACCAGUGCCAUCGCGCCGCUCGUCAUCGUCAUCGUCGCCACCAUGCUCAAGGAGGCCGUCGAGGACUGGAGGAGGAACCAGCAGGACACCGAGGUGAACAACAGGAGUACUAAGGUCUUCCAGGACGGCGCCUUCCGCGACGCCAAAUGGAAAGACAUCCGGGUCGGCGACAUCGUCAAGGUCGAAAAAGAUGACUUCUUCCCGGCCGACCUCGUCCUGCUCUCCUCCAGCUACGAGGACGCCAUCUGCUAUGUCGAGACCAUGAACCUCGACGGCGAGACCAACCUCAAGCUCAAGCAGUCCCUGGAGGUCACCUCCAGCUCGCUGCCGGAAGACGAGAGCUUCCGCGGCUUCGGGGCUGUGAUAAGGUGCGAGGACCCCAACGCGCACCUCUACUCGUUCGUCGGCAACAUCGAGAUCCAGGACCAGCAGCAGCAGCACCCUCUCUCGCCUCAGCAGCUCCUCCUCAGGGACUCCAAGCUUCGCAACACCGAAUUCGUGUACGGCGCCGUCAUCUUCACGGGCCAUGACACCAAGGUCAUGCAGAACGCCAUGAAGGUCCCCUCCAAGAGAAGCAACAUCGAGAGGAAGAUGGACCGGAUCAUCUACCUCCUCCUGAUCUCGCUCGUCCUCAUCUCGGUCGUCGGCUCCAUUUUCUUUGGCAUCGCGACCAGGGACGACCUGCAAGAUGGCAGGAUGAAGAGGUGGUACCUUAGGCCUGAUGACACCGCCAUCUACUUCGAUCCAAACAAGCCGGCUCUUGCAGCAGUACUCCACUUCCUGACAGCCAUGCAGCUCUACAGCUACUUCAUCCCAAUCUCCCUCUACAUCUCCAUCGAGAUUGUCAAGCUCCUGCAGGCGCUCUUCAUCAACCAGGACAUCCAUAUGUACCACGAGGAGAGCGACACGCCGGCUCAUGCUAGAACCUCCAACUUGAAUGAGGAGCUGGGGCAAGUCGACACGAUCCUCACAGAUAAAACCGGGACCCUGACCUGCAACUCCAUGGAGUUCAUCAAAUGUUCGGUUGCGGGGACCGCGUAUGGCCGUGGUGUCACAGAGGUGGAGAGAGCAAUGGCAAAGAGGAAAGGCUCCCCGUUGAUCGCCGACAUGGACAAUGGCGUUCAGCAUUUUCAGCUUGAGGGGAAAGCUGCAGUCAAAGGAUUUAACUUCAGGGAUGAGCGUGUCAUGGAGGGUAACUGGGUUAACCAACCCCACUCUGAUGUCAUCGAGAUGUUCCUCCGGUUGUUGGCGGUCUGUCACACAUGCAUACCUGAAGUUGACGAAGAAACAGGGAAAAUCUCGUACGAAGCAGAGUCUCCCGAUGAGGCAGCCUUUGUUGUUGCAGCAAGGGAACUCGGUUUCACAUUUUACCAACGGACUCAGACAAGUGUUUUCCUGCACGAGUUAGAUCCGGUGUCCGGAAAACAAGUUGACAGAUCGUAUAGGAUCUUGAAUGUCCUUGAGUUCAACAGUGCUCGGAAGCGGAUGUCAGUAAUAGUUAAAAAUGAGGAGGGGAAAAUAUUUCUGUUUAGUAAGGGCGCUGACAGUGUAAUGUUUGAAAGGCUAUCGGGUUCUCAGAGCGCAUAUAGAGAAGUGACUCAACAGCACAUAAAUGAAUACGCUGAUGCCGGUUUGAGAACACUGGUUCUUGCAUACCGUGAGCUUGAGGAGGAUGAAUAUGCAAAUUUUGACAGGAAGUUCACAGCAGCUAAGAAUUCUAUCAGCGCUGAUAGAGAUGAAAAGAUCGAAGAGGCUGCAGAUUUGCUUGAGAGGAAUCUUAUCCUUCUUGGUGCUACCGCUGUCGAGGAUAAGCUACAGAAGGGGGUGCCUGAAUGUGUUGACAAACUCGCUCAAGCUGGCAUCAAGAUAUGGGUGCUAACAGGCGACAAGAUGGAGACCGCCAUCAACAUUGGAUAUGCAUGCAGUUUAUUAAGACAAGGAAUGAAGCAAAUAAUCAUUACUCUUGAGACAGCAGAUAUCAUUGAGUUGGAGAAAGGUAGUGACAAGGCUGCCAUAACAAAGGCAUCAAAGGAUAGUGUGGUGCGGCAAAUAAAUGAGGGAAAGAAACUUGCAAAUGCAUCUGCUGGUGAAACCUUUGCCUUGAUUAUUGACGGGAAGUCGCUUACAUAUGCGCUGGAGGACGACACAAAGGGCAUGUUCCUUGAGCUUGCAAUUGUCUGUGGAUCGGUCAUUUGCUGCCGCUCGUCACCUAAGCAGAAAGCACUUGUGACUAGGCUUGUCAAAACAGGCACCGGUAAAGUCACAUUGGCAAUCGGUGAUGGCGCGAACGAUGUUGGCAUGAUUCAAGAGGCAGAUAUUGGGGUUGGGAUCAGUGGCGCUGAAGGGAUGCAGGCUGUCAUGGCGAGCGAUGUUUCCAUCGCCCAGUUCCGCUUCCUGGAGCGUCUGCUACUUGUGCAUGGACAUUGGUGCUACAGCAGGAUCUCAUCCAUGAUAUGCUACUUCUUCUACAAGAACAUCACGUUUGGUGUGACCCUGUUCCUGUACGAGGCGUACACAUCGUUCUCAGGCCAGCCGUUCUACAACGACUGGGCAAUGGCGAGCUACAACGUCUUCUUCACCUCGCUCCCUGUAAUAGCCAUGGGCGUCUUCGACCAAGACGUUUCUGCUCGCUUCUGUCUCAAGUUCCCGAUGCUGUACCAGGAGGGCCCUCAGAACCUGCUGUUCCGGUGGCGACGGAUCAUCGGGUGGAUGGCAUACGGCGUCGCCAGCGCCGUGGUCAUCUUCUUCCUCAGCACGGCGUCGCUGCAGCACCAGGCGUUCCGGCGGAGCGGGGAGGUGGUCGACCAGGCGGCCCUCGGCGCGACGGCCUACACGUGCGUCGUGUGGGCCGUCAACCUCCAGAUGGCGAUCACGGUGAGCUACUUCACCCUGGUCCAGCACGCCUGCAUCUGGGCCGGCGUCGCCCUGUGGUACGUGUUCCUCGCCGCCUACGGCGCCAUCACGCCGGACUUCUCGACCACCUACCACAUGGUGUUCGCCGACGCGCUCGCCGGCGCGCCGUCCUACUGGGUGGUCACACUGCUGGUGUCCGCCGCCGCGCUCGUCCCCUACUUCACCUACGCCGUGGCCAAGUCGUGGUUCUUCCCGGACUACCACAACCAGAUCCAGUGGCUGCGCCACAGGGAGAGGGCCCACCCCGACCCGGAGAGCAGCGCCGGCGUCGAGUUCGGGCACGCCCUGCGCCAGUUCUCCGUGCGGUCCACCGGCGUCGGCGUGUCGGCGCGCCGCGACGCAGCGGUGCUCCGCCGCCUCAACGGCACGCAGGUGCACCACGCGGACUCGCCCCAGCAGGUGUCGUGACAGCUCGGAUCCAUCGACAGAGAUAUAUAGUUACAAAUAUUUGCCAUGUAAAUAGGAGAGGAGAGGCAGUUUGGGUUUGGAGCUGGUGCUAGAAAGAGUAGCUACUAGCUAGCUAGGGUCAACGCAGGAAGUGUACAUGAGGAUGGGAGUAGGAGCCAAUAUUUUUGCAUGGAGUAGGAUUGGGUAGGCGAUGUACAUUUGGAGGGAGGGACCGAGGGAGGGGUAAAGUUCGUUUUCAUUCCUUAAUUUUCCCCUCGAUAAUGAAUUUGGGGAUGAUGUUUGUUUUGUUCUUAGCAAUAAUAAAUACAUCAAGGUAGGAAAUAAGAAGAAAUAAAGCCCCUUCUUUUUGUCUCC